AUGCAUCAGCAGCCAAGAGAUCUCUCCGCGGAGGAUUCCCACUUUUCGCAGGGGCGACAUCAGCCUGAGCCGGAAGACCCUACUGUGGCUGCCCCCCCAGAUCCUCUGGACGAUGUCUUUGGCGCGGCGGACAGCGGCUUCGACGCUCACAGCGUUGCGUCGCUGGCGCCAGAAUCUACGCACCCGACGGACAUGAGUCGUUUGCAGGCAGAGCAUAGCACAUCAGGCUACAGGGAGGGCGUGUCCGUGGCCAAGGAGGCAAGCAUACAGCCGGGCUUUGACGAGGGCUUCAGCUUGGGUGCCUCGAUCGGGCAAAAGGCCGGGCAUCUUAUUGGUAUACUCGAGGGCAUCAGCAACGCCUUGGAGCCUCUCGGCAACGACAAGUCGACGGAGGCGGCGCAGCUGCUAAGUCAAGCCCGAGAGGAUCUGAGUACUCAGCAUAUUUUCAGCCCAGAGUACUGGGCCCCCGAUGGGAACUGGACCUACCAAGUCGGCCCCCAAGACGAGGAAAGCGAGGUCGUGUUUGCCGACGUGGCAGCGGCGCAUCCCUUGAUCAAGAAGUGGACUGUCAUUGUCGAUACGCAGGUGCAGCAGUGGAAUAUCCAGCUCGAUAUAUUGCGUGAUGAGACGGGCCAUCGAGUAGACGUCAUCUCAGAUGAGCAAGCUAAAUUGGGACUUGUGCAAAAGACGAACAAGGCACUGGACUGGUAA